UGUUGGGGGCUUUUAUUGUAACAUGAUGAUCGCUGAGCGUGGCGUGCGCGUCACCGCAUCAAACAUGUCUGCCCGUGGCUCUGUGCUGCUGCUUUGAACGUCUGCUGCUCUUUCCUGCGCCAUAGAGGAAUGAUUAUCCACUAUCGACCUAUUAAUAUUAAAUAAAGGCCUGCGUAUCGACUGCAGCUAAAUCUUUGUAUGAAGACUCGAUGUUAUCCUGGUGAGCUGUGCAAAUGAAUCGGGCCAGGGCUCUCCAUCUCCUCAAGGUGCACGAUGUUUUGUGAUGGACUGGAGGAGGAGGAUAGUGAGCUCAAACCUGUGUUGAUGAGCAGUCCAAACAGCGACUCCCACUCAUGCCAUAGAUGUCUUUCCAUUCUCUUAGCUCACUGAGCUAACUUUAUUUCUCCUCGUCACCCCCGUUAUCCUUCCACUCUCUCAUGCCUGUGGCUCUGUCCUCACUCUAUCUCUCUUCUCUCGCCUCUCCCUUGUCCUCCCCCUUUGACUGUCCCGUCUUGCGGAUGUCAUGAUGGUUUGCUGCGGUCGAGCCCUGGACUCCCCCUGCACUCUGGCUCUGUUGGUGGGCUUCCAGUUUGCGUUCGUCCUCUACUUCUCAUUGGGAGGAUUCCGUGGCCUGGUGUCUGUUUUGCUUCACUCCACCGAGCCUGAGAUUGACUACUCUCGGCCACAUGACGUUUACACCAACCUCACCUCUCUGCUGCUUCACCAUCCCGGCCCCAGCGGAGCAGAACAGCAGCUCAGGGACUGUUCACUGCCCUCGCCACUACUGGUGGGUCCUGUUUCUGUCCACCUCUCAUCACCCCCGUCCCUGGAGGAGAUCAAAGAGAAGAACCCGCUGGUGACCUUAGGGGGACAUUACCGCCCGCCUGACUGUGAGCCGCGGCACCACACUGCCAUUGUGGUGCCUUACCGAAACCGGCAGAGCCACCUCCGCACCCUCCUCUACCAUCUGCACCCCUUCCUGCAGCGACAGCAGCUCCACUACGCCAUUUACAUCGUCCACCAGUCAGGGAACUCCACCUUUAACCGAGCGAAGCUGCUGAAUGUUGGAGUGCGUGAGGUGCUGAAAGAGGAGGACUGGAGCUGUAUUUUCCUGCAUGAUGUUGACCUGCUGCCUGAGAAUGACCACAAUACCUACACCUGCCAUCCCCAGAACCCCACACACCUCUCUGUGGCCAUGGACAAGUUCAGAUACAGGCUCCCAUACUCCCAAUACUUCGGAGGGGUUUCUGCUGUAACCCCGCAGCAGUACCUCAAAAUGAACGGCUUUCCGAACCAGUACUGGGGCUGGGGAGGCGAGGACGAUGACAUCGCUGCUCGCCCCAGGAGGGACCAAGUUCGUCUCUCGGGGAUGAAGAUAAUGCGUCCUCCUUUGGCCAUUGGUCAUUAUAAGAUGAUCAAACAUAAAGGCGAUCAGGGUAAUGAGCAAAACCCCAGAAGGUUUGACUUGCUGAAGCGCACAAGGCUGAACUGGCGCUCAGAUGGCCUCAACUCACUAACUUAUGAGCUCCUGUCCAAAAAGCUUGAGCCACUCUACACCAAUCUAUCAGUCAACAUCGGAGACGAUCCACACCAUCCACCUGGAAAGACUCCACCUCGGAGGGUGGAUCCUCCACUCACAUCACCCAAUAAGACGAAGACAGAAAAGGUGGGCGUGGUCAUUGCUAAUGCCACAAAAGUCGAGCCCGCCCUCUUGAAAGCCAGUAAUGACAGUUCAAAUAUUGUUCAAAAAGCUUCUUUGAACCAAGCAGGAUGAUGGUGAUAAGUAAGUUUCCACCGUGUGAGUUAAUGGGUAAGUUGUUUUAUAUCGUAAAGCAUUGCUAAGAGACAAUUGAGUCCAUUCCACUGAACGCCGACUGAAACUGUUCAGCCACUUCUGAAUGUUGUUCAGCUGCUGAUAUGGUGACAUUUGCACAAGUCUCAGAUCAUUUGCUGAAGAUCUGGUUUUGCUGUAGGAGUCGUAUCAGAGUUGUAAACGCUCUGGAAAGUGACCUGUGCAAGUCCUGUGUGUUUUGGAGCCGACCUGCUGCCAGCUGCUGCUCUUCACCCCACUGUGUGGGUCUGUUUUCUGUGCCUUUUCUUGCCCUUGAACCAGUCUCUUAUCAACAUGCCAUGACUCAGUCGAAAGUGUUAUUACUACACACCACUGUUAUUAAUACUAGAGUCGAAUGCUCAUUCCACGUUUGUCUAUUUUUUUCUCUUCUUUUGAUAUCAAAUCAGCACACACUGCUUUGUGAUCCUGUGCUUGAGCAGACGUGCAUCACUGUGGUCUAUUUUUAGUUUUACUGUACAAUCUUAGAAAGGUGUGAUCUUUGAUAGUGAGCACUGGUUUAUUUUCUCUUCUAACAGCUAAGAUACCUAUUAAUAGUUUAAUGAUAAAGUGUAAAAGAGUUUAUUUUAAGGUAUUGUGUGGUGCCUUUGUUGGGUUGCAUUUUGGUUGUAGACAAUCAUCGGGAAACGUAUAUAAAAUGGGAAAGUAUUUAUUUGUAAUCAUUAUAUAAAUAACUAUAUUAUUUGA